GGGUGUGGACGGGGACAGCGCCGUGGGCAAGUCGCGAGUCUAGGAAAGCGGCGGGAAGUUCGUACUACGUUGUGGACGGCGAGUUGCCCGCUGUGGUGAAAAUGCCCCGUGUAAAAGCAGCUCAGGCUGGAAGACAGGGACCUGCAAAGAGGCGCCUGGCAGAGCAGUUUGCCGCUGGAGAGAUCAUAACCGACAUGUCUAGAAAGGAAUGGAAACUAGGAUUGCCUAUUGGCCAAGGUGGCUUCGGCUGCAUCUAUCUGGCGGACACAAAUUCUUCCAAACCGGUUGGCAGUGACGCGCCCUGUGUUGUGAAAGUGGAGCCCAGUGACAAUGGACCUCUUUUCACUGAGUUAAAGUUCUACCAGAGGGCGGCCAAACCAGAGCAAAUUCAGAAAUGGAUUCGUACACAUAAAUUGAAGUACCUUGGUGUUCCUAAGUAUUGGGGAUCUGGUCUACAUGAUAAAAACGGAAAAAGUUACAGGUUUAUGAUAAUGGACCGCUUUGGGAGUGACCUUCAGAAAAUAUAUGAAGCAAAUGCCAAAAGGUUUUCUCGGAAAACUGUCUUGCAGCUAAGCUUAAGAAUUCUGGACAUCCUGGAGUACAUCCACGAGCAUGAGUAUGUGCACGGUGACAUCAAGGCCUCCAACCUUCUUCUGAGCUACAAGAACCCUGACCAGGUGUAUUUGGUCGACUACGGACUUGCUUAUCGGUACUGCCCAGACGGAGUUCAUAAAGAGUACAAGGAAGAUCCCAAAAGGUGCCACGACGGCACCUUGGAGUUCACCAGCAUCGAUGCACACAAUGGCGUGGCCCCAUCACGACGUGGUGAUUUGGAAAUUCUUGGUUAUUGCAUGAUCCAGUGGCUCAGUGGCUCUCUUCCUUGGGAGGAUAACUUGAAAGAUCCUAACUACGUUAGAGAUUCCAAAAUUAGAUACAGAGACAAUGUCGCAGCUUUGAUGGAGAAAUGCUUUCCUGAGAAAAACAAGCCAGGUGAGAUCGCUAAGUACAUGGAGUCUGUGAAGCUCCUGGACUACACCGAAAAGCCUCUCUAUCAGAGCCUCCGUGACAUCCUGCUGCAAGGGCUGAAGGCUAUAGGAAGUAAAGACGACGGCAGACUGGACUUUAGUGCUGUGGAGAACGGAAGUGUGACGACAAAGCCAGCCUCAAAGAAGCGGAAGAAAGAAGCAGAAGAGAGCACGGUGUGUACUGUGGAAGACAUGGAGUGCUCAGACGCACAGGUGCAAGAGGGCGUGCACACUCGAAGUGAGGAAUCCCGAGGAGCAGCACAUGGAAGCACGUCUCAGCCAGAGGCGGGCUGCAGCAGCUCUGACAGUUCCAGGAGGCAGCAGCAUUUGGAAUUGCAGCAGGGCAUGCUAAGUCUAGACCGCAGGGGUAAGCAGCAGCGUUUGGGUUAAGAGUAAAGUGUCAGGACAUGUAAGCGCAGUGUUGCUUGGAUCCGAGUGCCUGUCACCUGUCUCAGGUGUUGAUCUUGAGCUGGCUGCAGGACAGUCUCGGAAUGGCAGCAGGUCUAUUUCAUAUGUGAAACCCUCAGAAUAUACCAUGGGGGGUUUUGGUUUGUUAGUUUGUUUGUUUGUUUGUUUUUUCCAACACAAAACCUUUUUAUUUCACCAUGGUUCCGUGGCUCUUAGCUUAUGUUUAUUAGCAUGGGUUACUUAUAUAUGACAGUGGUUUUGUUGUGGUGCUCGUUCUGUUGUAGAAUGUGUUUUGAUCCUGCUGACCCCUCACCCUCUCCAUUCCCCCCACACCCCCUCAGACCCCACCCUCAUCCCUUUUCUGCUUUCCUGUCUUUAUCUUUUCCCUUACCCAGUCAGUCCACUCCUUCCCAGGGAGUUUGAUUAGGUUCUCCCAGGUCCCGGGCCAGACCUCCUUCCCACUAC